UGAGGUUCAGCCUUGAGUCACUUGAUAGUUAUUGCAAGUGUACUACGUAGCAUCGAAAGUGAAUAAUCUCAUGCUGCUUAUUACACGGGAAUAUCGAUAUAUUGGAUUGUCUGGAAAUUUAAAAUCGAUUUUUUGUGAAGUCUACGUUUCUACAUGUAAAAUAUUUUUAUAUUUUCCUCGUGUAUGCAGAGUGUCCAACAAAAGCCAUACAAAACUACGGAUAAAGGAACGAGCAGCGUGCAUUGUAACGUUUCAUUCGCAAAAAUUCAGUUUUAUCCUCGACGAAGUCGAGUCAAAUAAUAAUUCUCUGAGUGACUUUCAUUCGCCGCGGCAUUACAAAAUAAUUUUGGAACCGCACGCGGGCGCUCACGACAAAAUGAUCAGCAGCAUCUCGAGUUCUCAAUGUUGCACCAACACAGAAGUGUACACGAAAAAUGUCGCGCACAGGAACUCGAUCGACACCGCCAGUGAUACCGUCGGCGAAGUGUCCCUAACGAGAAAACCAGGUCUCUUUGAAUUUGAAACCGAAGUAACAUGGUCUUUCGCCGUAUUACUGUUUGCGUUGCAUGCCGUUGGUAUUUAUGGUAUACUGACUUUCGACUACUUUGAGAAUCUAAAAAGUACAUCAUGGAUACUUGGCAUGCAUGUGUUAGCUAUUUUCGGCGUGUCCGGCGGCGCACAUCGACUUUGGAGUCAUAAGUCUUAUAAAGCUAAGCUACCGCUGAGAAUUUUACUGGCAUUACUCUACGCUGUAGCCGGACAGAGCUCUAUAUAUAGUUGGGUGAGGAAUCACCGUUUGCAUCACAAAUAUUCCGAUACCGACGCCGAUCCUCACAACCGUAACCGUGGUUUGUUCUUCUCGCAUGUCGGGUGGUUAAUGAUGGAGAAGCAUCCGAAAUUUCUCGAGGCAAACAAGAAGCUCGAUCUAUCAGACAUUCUCUCGGAUCCUGUCGUAGUAUUUAGCGAUAAAUAUUUCUUGCUGCUGCAACUCAUAUUCAGCUUCAUCCUGCCUACGAUCGUGCCCGUGUACUUCUGGAAUGAAUCGUGGGGCAGGGCUAUCAUCUCUCAGGUGUUUAUACGGUACAUGAUCACUCUAAACAGCAUAAUGUUUAUCAACAGCAUAGGUCACGCAUGGGGUUACAGGCCGUAUAACAGGCAUAUAAGGCCGACGAACAACAAGUUGGUCAACGUGUUGACAUUCGGGGAAGGAUUACACAAUUACCACCACGUCUUCUCUUGGGAUUACAGAUCGGGAGAGAUAAAUAUCAGCGCGAUAAACUACACCACGCAUUUUAUUGAUAUGUUCGUGAAAUUGGGAUUGGCGUACGAUCUCAAGUUCCCGUCUACGAAUUUGAUCAAGAAAGUCGCGAUGAGCAGAGGCGACGGCAGCUACCCUCUAAAUUACGAAGUCCCGCUAUCGGAGAAUAUCUAGAAUAUGCAGGGAGAAUAUCUAGAAUAUGCUAAAUCUGGCAAAUAUGGGAGAUAAUGGAACACUAUGAUUUUCUUGGUUGCAAUAAAAAAGUCGCAUAUAAUUUUUUUAUUUGGACGCAUUAUCAUCUAGCAGCGGUCAAGACCCUUGCUCUCGGUAUUCUGCUGAAAUUCGACGAAUCCUGUUUCAUAAACGACUGAGGACAUCGAUCGAAGAAUUUCAGUAAUUCUUUUUAUGUUUUCGUGAGUGAGACUUGAUUUUUGCCGCUCCAGACUUGUUUUUGACACUUUCCUUGUCAUCACGAAAUAGCCUCAACUAUUUAAAAACAUUAGUACGAUUCAUAGCUUUACUAUCAUAGACACAUUGGAUCAUUUUCAUUUUUUCAUUUGUUUCCGUGACAGUUUUACCCAAUUUAAAACAAAAUUUAAUAUUAAACUCGUUGUCCCAUGACGUUUUUCCAACGCGCGCACAAAAGAUACUGUCAGAUUGAUCCCCAAAACUUAUGACACAGAUGUUCGCUCGAUAUAAAAUUUUUAGGUUUAUUACCUGAAGGUUGAAGCUUCAAAAUGUAUAUAUUCAUUCAUAAGUGGUGCUUCAAAAGAGAAGAAUCUAGUUACUCACACUUACUUUUAUGACAUACUGUGUAACUAGAAUAUUGAGAUUAGUGAGCAGGGGACGGGAAGCAGAUAUCUAUACAAAUAUACAUACAUCUGAAUUAAAAUCAGAAGUUAUCGUUGCUCAACUGAAAAAUAUGAUAUAUUGGCGAUAUUUUCAAGUAUAUAAUCUGUUUUCCAGCAAGGACACGUUAAAUUAUAAAAGGCCAUUUUAUUGAUUACAUAUGAUUCAUAAUUUUA